AUGGUGCCGCGGGCGCUACGCUGGCUCUGGGUGCUCUGCUGUUGCAGCAGCGGCGGCAGCAGCAGUAGCGGUGGCGGCGCGGGCUCCAGCGCCACCUUCACCCUGACCGGGCCGUGGAGCCGCGAGCGAGAGGCAGCCGCCUUCCGGGUACUGAGCGCGAGCCUCCGUUUCUGUUUCCUUCGCUCUUUUUCCUGGGUUUGGGAAAGUCUUAAUAGACAUCGAUACUUGAAUUCUGCAUUUUCUAAUGAAAACUCUACUGCUUCCUAUGGACUAAAUCAGUUUUCUUACUUGUUUCCUGAAGAGUUUAAAGCAAUUUAUUUGAGAAGCAAAUCGUCUAGAUAUCCCAGAUACCCAGCAGAUGUACACUUUUCAAUCUCCAGUGUAUCCUUGCCAGUAAGAUUUGACUGGAGAGAUAAGCAUGUUGUAACACAAGUGAGAAAUCAACAGAAGUGUGGAGGAUGCUGGGCCUUCAGUGUAGUAGGUGCCGUGGAAUCUGCAUGUGCAAUCAAAGGGAAGCCAUUGGAAGACUUGAGCGUUCAGCAAGUUAUUGAUUGUUCAUACAGUAAUCAUGGCUGCAAUGGAGGCUCUACGCUUAAUGCUUUGAACUGGUUAAAUAAGACGCAAGUAAAACUGGUGAAAGAUUCAGAAUACCCAUUUAAAGCUCAAACUGAGCUAUGCCAAUAUUUUUCUGCUUCACAUUCUGGAUUUUCAAUCAAAGGUUAUUCUGCAUAUGAUUUCAGACAGUAA